AGCUCCAUGCUUUUGGCGGCGCAGCUCGGCCCGGACUCGCCGGAUCAAUGCUGCGAUCAUGGCGCUCUCGGAGUCGCCCGCUUGCACGUCGUCGGCCUCAGGAAUCUCGCGCCUCGCGGCCUCGAUGCCGGCGGCGGGCAGCGCCGCGUCGCCGGCGAGCCCCGCAUCCGAGCUGGCCUCGUCCUCGUCCUCGUCCUUGCUGUCGUCCUCAUCGCCGCCGCCGCUGCUGCCGCCACCGCCGCCGCCCCUGCUGCUGCCGCGCCGGGUCUCACCUGCUACAUGGGUCGAGGAGACGCAUUUUGCGCUCCGAUCGAGAGGCUGCGAGUGAAGUGUCCAGGGCCGCAGAUUGCGGCCCGACCGCGCAUGCUACUCUAGGGGGCGCGCGACCGCGCCCUCCCAAGCCCGCUUCUUCGCGCCGCGCCCGCCGCCGCCGCCGCCGCUGCUGCCGCCACCGCCGCCGCCCCUGCUGCUGCCGCGCCGGGUCUCACCUGCUACAUGGGUCGAGGAGACGCAUUUUGCGCUCCGAUCGAGAGGCUGCGAGUGGAGUGUCCAGGGCACCGCAGAUUGCGGCCCGACCGCGCAUGCUACUCUAGGGGGCGCGCGACCGCGCCCGCUGCGACGGCCCGCUGCGGCGCCUCAACCGAGCGCUUGGGCGGCGCAGGCCUCUUGGCUCCGCCGCGCUUCUUCUUCGGCGGUUCCUCGCUCUCCGAGCCGGACCACUCUGAGCCCGAGUUGUCUCUGCCGCCGUCGCUGUCCGAGGCAGACCACUCGCUGUC